AGGGGGAGGGAGGGGUGCAAGACAAGACAAAACACAUCGACAACAUCCAACUGGCGCUGGCGCUAAUUUUAAUCAAAAUCUUUUAAUAUAUUAAUUAUUACAGAUCAUAUUUACUUUUUAAUUAUCGGAACGUGUGUUAUUCAUUUAGUUCACAUCACAGAGAUUCACAAUGCCUAGUAGCACAUCUUUGUUGGAGACCGAGGAAACUGAGUCGGAGAUCCCGCCACUAGUUGUGCAUGCCUUCGCCGGCAUAGGCCUCGAUGACCACGGCAGUCCCAGGGAACAAGCCGAGACACCCUCCUAUCCACGCCCGGUCUCUCAUUUUAGUUGUCUUGGCGCGGUCCUGGACCUACAGCCUUUACCGCGCUACCAUCCCACGGAAGAGGACGACGAGGAAAGAGCCGACGAGGAGCUGCUGGAGGAACAUGAUACCAACAACUCGCUACUUGCGCAGGCCCAAGUCUCGGGACUACGCUCGGUUAUGAAACCUGGGAUGGAGACGCCCGAUGCACUCUUGCUGUAUAAUGAUGAGCUUGAGGACGAAACACAACAGGCAACCGGAAUGAUUAUUUUGCCCUCUGUGUACGGAGAGCCUGGCUAUGAAGUUGAGACGUCGUUACUUAUGCGGAGAAAGAGUGUGAACACAACAGAAUGUGUCUCGGUGCCCAGUUCUGAACAUGUUGCAGAGAUUGUCGGUAGACAGGGUUGCAAGAUCAAGGCAUUGCGAGCGAAGACCAACACCUACAUCAAGACGCCCAUGCGAGGGGAGCAGCCUGUCUUUGUGGUGACGGGGAGAAAGGAGGAUGUGGCCAUGGCCAAGAGGGAAAUCCUAUCCGCUGCCGAGCACUUCUCCCUCAUCCGUGCCUCUCGGAACAAGGCGGGCCCAUUGGCGGCGGCUGGGCCGGGUCUGCCAGGCGCACCCUCCCUGCCUGGCCAGACCACCAUCCAAGUGCGUGUACCUUACCGUGUGGUCGGGCUGGUAGUCGGUCCCAAGGGUGCGACUAUCAAGCGCAUCCAACAGCAGACACACACGUACAUUGUCACGCCGAGCCGAGACAAAGAGCCAGUGUUUGAGGUGACCGGCAUGCCUGAGAAUGUGGACAGGGCACGGGAGGAGAUUGAGGCCCACAUCGCCACGCGCACUGGCAACUGCGUGGAGGUCCCCGGGGACGAGAACGACUUUCACUACAACGGCACCGACGUCAGCUUCGAGGCCGGCGGCUGCGCCGCGUGGCUGCACUCGAACGGCGCCGCACCUGCCGGUGCUCGCCGCAGUGGUGGCACGCGGAUGACUGCCAACUACCGCAACGACAGCUCCAGCUCCCUGGGGAGCGGCUCCACUGACUCCUACUAUGGAGGCGCGGGGAAUCGCAUGGCCGACUUCAGUCCGACGAGCCCUUUCAAUGCCAACGGUAACUACAAUAACAACAACGGGGCGGCCAGCUUCUGGUUCGGGGAGACUCUGCUCCCCCUGGCCCCCGAGGAGCUUGCAGCCCUGGGUUCUCCUAGGUUUGACCCUCUGGCGGUGACUAUGGCAACGCCACAGCCGGCGUGGAGCCCAUUUGAACGGGGCGUGCAGUUGGUGGAUGGCCGCCAGGCCCCCGUCCGAGACAGCCAGCCCGGCACGCCCCGCCACUCCCCCACCUUCCAAGAGGCCUUGGAGCACCCCAUGGCUCGGCGGGUUCAGAGGGCCCCCGCCGGUGCUUCAGACGCCCGAGAGUUCCCCGCCUUCUCGUCCUCCGGUGACAGCACCAGCUCCAACUCACCACCAGAUUUUAGCCGCGGCCGCCAGGAGUGCAUCCGCUGCCUGGAGAGCGAGAUCAUUGCAGCCCUGGUGCCCUGCGGGCACAACCUCUUCUGCAUCGAGUGUGCCACCCGUAUCUGCCGGAGCCCGGAGGCCAUCUGCCCCGUUUGCCAGACGCCGGUGUCCCAGGCCAUACGGCUGCGUAACAUGUGAGGGAGUGGUUGGGUGCUUUGGCCGGGGGGCGUGGCCACUGUCAGGCUGUUUCGUGGAGGUCAGUUGCCCGCCGAGUAGCAUUGGGAUUUGUCAAAAAUGAUUUUAAUUUUGACAUUGUAAUAAUCUUCCUAUUUUUAUUUUUUUUGUAUAAUGUAUACAUUUUGGGUAGCGGGAUGGUUGUCAGCCUAGCUGUUCAACGGUCUUUGAGUCAAUGUUAAAUUUGGUCGUAUGGUUUUAUUUCUCUCCUGGUUUCAGUCCCUUUAUUUAGCUGCUAUUUUUUUUAUAUAUAAUUUCUUCCCCUUACCUGUCAUUAGCAGUGCUUAGAGACAGGAAGUACCAAUAUGUGCUAUUUCAGUACUGCCAUGCUUUCCAUUGCAACUUAAAAACAUUAUGUUUACAGUAACUUGUGCCUAAUUCCACUUAAGUAAUCAAAACUUACAACUGGUUUUGUGGGUACUCCAUGUUACCAUAGAACUCUAUUUAAAAAAAAAAAAAAAAAAGCCUGUGGCCUUUUUAGAAAGCAUGUAUUUUAUCAAACACUAUUUCUCAACCCAGACCUUAUGCUUAAAGGGGUCAGACUGACAAAGGACAUGUCUUAGAUCCAUUCAGGUAGGGCCCUGAUUUUCGGUUGGGGUGUGGUCAACUCAUGCUCCUAUGUGGUUGGGCUCCUGACAUUCCAGCCAUGUUAUUCAGUAUUUUGUGUCCUGCAUAUGGGGAGUCAGACAGACAUUUGCAUGGGGCAAUCACCCACACUGAACUUAACUAGCCUACGUUGACCCUAAUGCAAUUUUGAACUAACGGUUUCCUCUGCCUCUGGUACAAGUUCUUAAUUUGAGCUGCCUUCUCAUGUUUGAGUUUUAUCAUGUGCCCAAGCACAGAGCCCAUGUCUUAUCUUGCUGACAGACGAGACCUAGUAUUCCCUGCGCUGUCAUCCUCUCACCCCUCUUCCCGUCCGCCAUUAGCUGGCAUUAGACAGGGAGCCCAAGUAUUGACAAAGAUCUGAUUUGAUUUGUCUGAAUGCCAAUAAUUGGUCCGCUUGUUUAGAAGCAGUCCCAGAGGUAUGUGGCUUCUGUUUGAAUGAUAUCUUACGUUUCUCAACCUCAAGACAAGUCUUGACAUUUUGUGUAUUGAGUGUUGUUAUUGUUAAAGACCGAUAAUAUACAGAAAUUUAUUUUUUAUUUCACUUGAAGUUACAUUUCAGAUAUACAAAUAUAAAUAUAUAUUAAAAUGUUUACAAAUAAGAUUUAUUUUUCUCUAGUACGAGCAAAACUUGGAGAACGAGUUGAGGUGUGCAGCAGAUCAUCAGUGCUAUUUGCUUGUAGUAUAAUUCACCAGUACUUAAAUGAUGAUUAGCAGCCAUCUUGUAGACCGGGUGCACAAACGCAUGUUUUCACAAACGCAUUGUAACCCGCAACUGUACAAAGGCCAAGGAUCGAAUGUGAACUGCGUCUGUCUGUACGCCACCAAACUGAGAAUGGAACAAAUGUAUCUUAAAUAUAUACUGUAUAUAUACAUAUAUGCUGUUACCAACAGUUAAAGUAUUUGCUAAUUUUACUACACUUUUGUUUUGUAUAUGUAGGGAAGUCUAAUGGCAUAAAUUCAACAAAAUUGAGUUGUUUAAAGCAAACUAUAUUUUAUGAUAAAUGGCCUUUUAAGUUGUGGCCGAAGCACUGAUAUUAUAUAUUUGCUGUAAAGAGAAUUAAGAGUUUUAUUUUUCUGAUAUUAAAGUUACUUAAUAAAGAUGGUUUCAUUUAAAGCCUU